UGAGUUUCGUUGGCUUGACGUGGCAGUGUGAGAACAGCCAGUGCUGAACUGUUAUGAUGUGUCAAUAAGUUAAAAAGGUGGACGGCACCGAGGAUGAGAGCCCCGCUAUCGCAUUUGAUCCGCAUUUUGGAGGUCAUCGUCAUUGCAUGACAAAGGCUGUGGCAGAUUCAUCUUUAUCACUCAUACAGCAUUUCCAUAGUUUAUUCUUGCGAGCGGUAGUGCCAUGAAGGGAGGAGGAAGGGGUACGGAGCCACCCGUCACAGGUGAGGUCACUGGCAAACGCCCUAAACGUAAAUGCCUGCAGUGGCACCCACUUCUCUCCAAGAAGGUACUGGAUUUCUCUGAGGAGGAAGAAGAGGAGGAUGAGGAGGAACUGGAAAAGCCGAUACUACAUGAUCAAGCAUCAGAAAUGCAAUGUGGAAGCACAACAGAGGAAGCGGAGGAGGAAUCGACUGAGCAACGAGCUCGCCGUCCAAUGAAUGCCUUCCUCCUCUUCUGCAAGCGGCACCGUUCUCUGGUGCGGCAAGAACACCCUCGUCUAGACAACCGCGGGGCCACCAAGAUUCUGGCUGACUGGUGGGCUGUGCUUGACCCUGGUGAGAAGCAGAAGUACACUGAUAUGGCCAAGGAGUACAAAGAUGCGUUUAUGAAGGCAAACCCGGGUUACAAAUGGUGUCCCACCACCAGCAAACCAGUAAAGAGCCCGUCCUGUCAGCCAGUCAACAAUUCUCGUAAAAAAGUUUGGUCCUCCACUUCCACCUCAGCCAAGGACUCUGCCACUGCCAAAAAAGUGCCCACAACAGACAGCAUGCCACAGUUAAACUUUGCCAUGGCAGAUCCUACGAAGAUGGGAGGCCUUAGCAUGCUGCUUUUAGCUGGGGAACACGCCCUCAUAAACCGAGAGAUAUUGUCUGGAACAAUACCGAAGAGAACACCUGGCGUUAAUAAAAACAUGGCCGAGUGUGCUCUUUCUCCACUGGCAGAGUCAUCCCUGCCUACGGCACCAGAAGGAAAACCCUGCAGACAGUCCGCUCUCUUCCAGCUUGCUGAGAUGUGCUUGGCAUCUGAAGCUGGGAAAAUGGACACAGUAGUUUCUCAGCCAGAGGACAGCUGCUCUCCAGCCUGUCUUCAGCAGUCCCCAAUCCAACCUGAAAUCAAGGAGUGCACAGGAGAGUCUGUUGGCAGUCCUGAUGGUGCACGCACAGCACCCCUUUUACCUUUACUCUCCUCCUCCACUUCUACCUCCACUAAUGCCAUUCUCCCACAACUGAGCAGCCAAAAUGCAUGUGUCAAAAAGAAGAACAAGAAGAAAGAGGUUGCAAAGUCAAACAGUAAUGAGGGGAGACCAUGCUUGUCCAAGAAGGUCAUAAAGAAGUGUACUCAUACAGAGCCAGGCACAGACAGCAUCUUGAACACAAUUGAGGCAGUUGCCAAAGGGACCUGGACUGACACAGAAGACAGCCUUAAGACUGAGAGCAAUGCUGACAGUGAAAACUUUGGUUUACCUAAAAAGAAGAGUAAGCCCAAAGUCAAGACUUUUAUCAAAGAUAAGGUGGAGGAGAUGGAAGUAGACCAUGUGCAAACUGUUCAGCAUGGCUCAUCUGAGGCGGAAAUGACCAAUAUGAUGACUAAUGUUAGUGCUAAAACAGAGGCAGAGGAAGUGGGUAUCACAAGCACAGAUGUUGAGGACAGUGUGAGAGAACUUCAACACUCCCCAGGUGGAGUUUCACCUACCAAACUCAAAGAUGAGGACAAGUUAAAAGAGAGGUUGAGUGAAGUAGAGUCAACAACGCAGAACCAUGGAUCCAGGAAAUCGGAGAGGAGCUGCAAGGGCGCCUUAUACAAGACCCUCGUUUCUGAGGGGAUGCUGACUUCACUGAGAGCCAACAUUGACCGAGGUAAAAGAAGCGCUUUCCGUGCAUUUGAUCAUGAUGCAGCUUGGAGUGAUGAGAGUUGGACAGUUUCUCAAGUGGGAUCUAAUAACCCCAAAAAGUUUAAAAAGUCCAAGUCCAAAGAUGAAGCUUUGCAAGGUCUUGGCAAGCUGGAGGAGGAGUUUGAAAAGAAGUUUAACAGCCUACCGCAGUAUAGCCCAAUGACAUUUGACAAGAAAGGUGCAGCUGUUACAAAGAAGAAGAAGACUGACAGCUCCCCUGGACAAGAGGAAGCCACAAAAGCCAACAAAGGGGCAUCUCCAUCUCAGAAAAAGACUUCAUUCCACAAGAUUGUUAGGAAGCACAAUCACAAAAAGGAGAGUCCAGGUGCAGUGGAAAAAGCAGUGAUGCAGAAUGAUUCCACCAUGCUGGACUCUGCUUCAACAGCCAAACCAUGUGCCCCCGUUGCCACUAUGUGCCCAGAUGUCCAGGGCCCCACUAGUAUGGAGAUGCUAGUUGGUAGCCAGAAGAGGAAGGCCAGAAAGACCAAGAUUACUCACUUGGUGCGCACAGCUGAUGGCCGUGUGUCUCCUGCUGAGGAAGACAAAACUCGGGACCUGAACCAGGAACAGGAAAAGAAGCCAUUAUCCCAACAGACGUUAUGCAAUGACACAGGGUGCUACAGUAAUCCCAGACCAGUGGAGGCUGAGAGGAACACAGCGUCUCAAGAACUGCCCUCUUUCUUCAGCCUGGCAGCCCUCGCUGAGGUGGCAGCCAUGGAAAACGUUCACAGAGGCCAGAGAAGCUCUUCUGAGAGUCCGAAGAAAGACCUUCCACAGACUCCAGUCCUCAUCUCCUGUGCUGACCAGUGAAAUGCCACUGCUGUUACGAGAAGCCACUAAAAUGAGACACUGGCAGUGGAGCUACAUUGAAGGGAGACCUGAUCAGGAAACUGUGGACACAGUGAAUUUGUUAGUUCGGUUUCAUGGUGGGGAAAACAAUCCUCUCAUCCUCCGUGCUCCUUACUAUUUCAGUGUUCUCUCGAAGCCUUCCUUUGUUUGGAGGGAUGAUGCCUUUCUGAUCUCCUCUCAUCCUUGGUUAGGGCCUGUGGAAGAACUGAGCUCUCUCCCUGUGCAUGGCUUCCCUUAUAGAUAGUUGUCAUGGGUUCACCUUGUUGUCAGAUAGACUAUAAUACGGUCAAGUCUUGCAAUUAAAAAAAUAGCGUUUUUGGUUGGAAGAACCCCAGCACAGCAUUUGUUUUAUCGAUAAACACGGCUUUCUGUCACAUUUUUACCUCACGCAUAGCUACUGAAGACUUCCCUUCAUGCUUGGUAAAAUACCUCUAUAUUUGAAAAGCUCUUAUCACCUUCAAGCUUCAAUCCAAAUGACUCUAACCACGGUAAAUAUUCAAGAUGGAUGACUUCUGUUAUUCUUAGCAUUCCCCUAUAGUACACCAAUUUGGUGUGCAAACGAUGAGAUAGAGGUAGACUAUUUGAUUUAAAGAACAGUGCUACUGUGAAGGGGGUAGCUGGAAAUCUUCAUGUAGACUGAAUGUUUAGUAGACCUUUGUAGACCCUUUUGCAUUUGAACUAGUUUUGCCUAUAGCUGAGGGUUUUUCUUUGUCCUGCAUUCAGUUCAUUGGCUUUCGUUGACCCAGUCAGGGUCAUGAGCUGGUGAAUCAACUUACAACUGCUUCCUGUGAUAGCGAGAUUGUGUGGAAAUGAUUGAAAUAUAGCCUUAACCCUCCCGCCUGGACACUCUAGUCACUGCUAGCUAGCUUAUCGCUUAAUGCCAUCGCAGUCCUGAAAUGAGUGCAAACAUUUGUAAUAACAAAA